AGUGUAGAAGACUUAAGGAGGGGGUCAUCAACAGAAAGACCGGUCUAUAUUAACUACCGUGCCAAAGGAGAAACAGUUGGCUAUCGCGUUUAGAAGAGCAAGUAGUGCUCAACAUUCUCAGAAUCUUGUUAACACGCGUUCUAAAAACAUCGCGCUUACAUUAGAAAAUGUUUUUCUAGCAAAGUUGCGUUAUUUUAAAUAAUUUGACAAAAUGCCUUUACUGACAAAGCUUUAUAGUGUGGUGUUACUCAGUGUUACAGUUUUAUCUAUAAAAUUACCAAAAACUGUCAAUAUAAAUAAAUGUUGUAAGUUUAAUGAAUUAUUGACAAUACAGAAUCAAACGUGUGCCCAAAACUCUUCUAGUUCUUGGAACUUGGAAAUUUAUAAUGCACGUAAGGGUAAAUUUGAACUGUUUACAGAAUUACCUGUUAAUUGGAAAGUGAAGGAAGAUAAUUUCUUGAAUUGUUCAAAGCCACAGCAACUGAAAUUUCAACAAAAGAAUAAUUUUCCUUUUUUAAACGGAUCCGUCUUCAGUCUUGAAUUUAACAGACUCUUUCAUCCAAAUGAAUUCUGUUUAGACUAUCAGUCGGCUUUGGUGUGUUUAAACGAACCGGAAAAUCUAAUAGUUAUUAAAAAGUGUUGUGGUGAUAACGCGAUUUUUUCUCAAACCAAAAGUACUUGUAUUACAAUUAAAGAUGUCGGUUAUAAGAUAGACGUUGGUCAAAAUAGAACUUUAGGUGCUGGGUUUCCCCCUUGCGCAGACAAUAAUAUGCACGUUGUCGGCGAAUUGCGCAAAUCUACUAUUAUGAAUAAUGGUAGCUUAUUAGUGGACAAUAAGUUGCAUCUAGGCGCAGGGAACUUUUGUUUGGAACAUGUUUUGGAACAAACAGAACGUUCGGCGAGUAUAAUCACUUGCCCUGAGUACAUACCACAAGUACAUAAAAAACUCAUCCCUUCUCAAAAUGAAACAGAUAUUCGCUUCACGUUAUAUCCCAUCGGUUUAGCGAUUAGUGCUAUUUUCCUAGCAGCUACUCUAGCUGCUGGUUCGCUGCUUCCGGCCAGUCACCAUGUACUGCAUUGGCGAUGUCAGACGAACCAUGUGGCUUGUUUACUGGUAGGGGAUGUUCUGUUAUGUAUUACACAUCUCUCCGGACCUAUAGCGUUCGUCCCGUGCUUUUCUAUCGCCGUUUCAAUGCUGUUUCUUUUCUUGUCAGCAUUCUUUUGGCUCAACACCAUGUGUUUUAACAUCUGGUGGACGUUUAGGGACUUGCGACCGCAAAGCACUGAAAAAAGUCAAGAAAGACUGCGGCUCAGAUUGUACGAGGUGUACGCGUGGGGAAUCCCACUUCUGAUUACGGUAAUAGCGGCUUCCCUUGAUCUGAGUUCCAAUCAAGACGAAGUUUUGCGACCCAGAUUCGCAGAACAUAAUUGUUGGUUUGCUGGUGAUGUAGAGAAAUUGACAUACUUUUUCGGGCCAGUCGGAACCUUAUUGUUCAUCAAUUUGCUGCUGUUCGGUCUCACGGCCAGAGAACUUACCUGCGGUUUAUGGAAGAGAGAACUCGUCAAAUCAACGACAGAGAGAGCUGCGCUUGGAAGAGUAUGUCUGAAGCUGGUAGUUGUUAUGGGUGUAACCUGGAUAGCCGAUUUAAUUUCGUUUGCUGCAGGGGGUCCCCAAGAAAUUUGGUAUGUCACUGACAUAGUUAACAGCAUUCAUGGUGUUUUUAUCUUCAUCGUUGUUGGAUGUCAACCGCAGGUAUUAUCAGCUGUAAAAAGAUUUUGGUGUAUGCGAAAACAUCGACAAAAUGGAACAGCAGGAACAACUAACCAUCAUUCUACCAGCUCUCAAGGUCCCCAAUCAAUGGGUGAUACUUUGACCAACACCAACAGUGUCCUAACAAAUGGAACUACUAAGACUGUGCCUUUAGAAACAAGCUGUUGAGCCAACGAGAAUAUUCAGUGUAUCAAAAAAAUUGAAUUGAAAAAGGAAUUUUGGACAGAAAAAUAAUUUCUAAUUUUAAUAUAUAAUUGCAAAACUAUAAAAUUCUUAUUUUGGCUGUGUAUAAAUUUUCAAACACGUAAUUCGAUCUCUGAAAUUAUGUUUAAUAAGAGUCGAGAAAUUAUUUUUUGUCCAUAUUUAUAUAAUGUACAUAAUAUGACAACAUAGUUAUUAGAUAAAACUUAAUGGCAAAAUUAGUUGACGAAAAUCAAAUAGAUUCAUUAUGAAUUACUAAAAAUGAUUCCUAAUAUCUAAAAAUCUGUUACUGUCGAAACAAGGUACCGUCAUAAUUUGAUUUGGAAGUCGUCGUGUGAAAAUUUGAAUUACAAUCAAAAAUCGACACAGCUUCAAAAUGAUUUAUUGAAUGAAAGAAUACAAAAAAAAAACAUUUUAAUUCUUACAUAUCAGUUUGAGCAUCAUUAUCCUGAAUAUAGGAUUCAGGGAUACGAUCUUCCAUGCUCGCAGAUGUUGAUAAUGACUUAUACUAAUGAAAUUUAUCCUGAUUUGCACAGUUUCAGCAAAUCCUGUUUCUUCUGAAUACUGAUAGGUCAAGGCUUAGAUUAUACAUUUUUUUCGUGUCGAUCUCAGUGAAAUUAAUGGAGCGGCCUUUACCAAAAACAUAUUUCAGACAUUUCAUAUGUAGCCAACCUUUAUCCCUGUAGGUGUUUUCGGUUUUAUUUUUCAUUAUUAGCUCAACCAAAUCGAAGAAAUGUUACACACAUAUAAGUUGAGAUUUUAUUCGAACCAAAUAGAAUAAGGCAUCAAUAUUUUCCAUAAAAUUUAUAGGAAAUUUCGCGCUAUACAAAUUCAGUUACGAUCAUUUUUAAUUUAUCAUUGACCAUUAACUAUAUAUUUAGCCAAAACCAUAUGGGAGAAAGUUUAGAGCGCUAUAAUUAAAAACCUAUGCGUUAUACAAAAGUUUCAAAUAAAGAAGAUGACAAAAAUUUUUCUGUAUUAAAAUAAUUUUUAUUAUUUUUAUCGUACGAUGCGCGGUUCGCGAGAUAUUUGAUAAAUCGUGUUUUUCAAGAUGGUGACUGACGCGGGCGCCCCUCCAUGACACCCACUUGGAUUUACAUUCAAGGGAGACCCCUGAACAUAUUCCAAAAAAAUUCGUUUUCUAGAACAUUAUGAACCUACUUUUUUUGCUCUGGCACUUGGCCUAUUAUACAAAAACUUUAGACGAAUCCGAACAGCUGUUAAUCACAUAAAAUAUUUCCGAAUUUUUUUUAAGCUUUUUCGACCAAAUGUCUUAGUUUCGCCCAAUAAAAAUUUACAUAAAACUUUGGUCUUGUUCUGAUAGAACUAUGAAGUUUCAAAUGAUCCAAUAUUUUUCUUUUUUAAAAUCCAACUGUACUUAUUUCGUUUUAGCAGACUAAAAGUGGUAUAAAUGGAAAUAGAAUUUUUUUGACCACUUGCUUUGUAUACUUUGACAGUUUUUCGAACAUUUUUUAAUCUAAUGGAGUACUUAACCUCGAAUAGGGCACUUGCAUUUUCUAAAAAGUAUUUAUUAUUGUGUGUAUUUUAAAGUUCUUGAUAUGAAAUAAUAUUAGAAAGUAAAAAAUUUAAUCAAAAGUGAAAAUAUAAUAACUAAAUAUUUAAUUGAAAAUCGCAAAAAUUUCAAAUUUUUAAUUACAUAAGAAAACAAUUCUCAUUGGUUUUCAUUUGUGACGUCAUAGGUUUGAUAAAAGCAGUUGUCUGUUUGAUAAUCAAGAGGUUAUCGUUGCCGACAACGUAGCAUGUGCUGUUAUAAUACAGUUUCCAAUUUUUCUAAAAAUUAAAAGUAUAAUAAACUCAAUUACUAUAAAAUAAUAAAAUAAGUUAAAUUUGAAUCUCACUUACAUUAAAAUGAUCCUGGCAACAAAAAUAAUUGCAUCUCGCAGGACCGUCAUAACGACCAACACUUUAAAACCAUUUUGUUGUGGAAUACUGGAAGUUCUUUACAUCAUAAAAAAAAACUUUGUCAAGUAUUUUAGUCGUGAUAUUUUUACAUCUUGGCACAAAACACUUAUUUUAGAAUAACUGUCGUAUUUACUUUAUAUAAAUGUUUAUUUUAUACCUAUGACGUCUCGCUAUAUGGCGGCCGCACAGAAAUGUUUAAACUACCUUCAAAAUUUUUGUAUUUUCAAUAAUUUUUUCCCUAUAAAUAUUGAUCAAAGAAUUAAAACAAACAUUAUAAUAAAAGUUGUAUAUAAACUAUUCAAAACUAUUUUUUUUCAAACCAUGCAAGUAAUCUAUUGGGUAAAAAUGGAAUUAGCUUGUUUUGGCAGAAACCCGACGAUGUCAAUCAUCAAACUCUAUUGCGUGGUAGUUUUUGUCAUACUUUUGCCAUUCAAUUUUGUAAUGUUGUGGAAUAUAGAUUUUUCUUAAUGGUACGAGAGCUAGCAACGUCAGGAAAACAAAAAUUACGAGCUAUCUGGCUGGCAGUAGUGGUUGCGUAUCCUACCUGACCAGGUAAAAUAUCAAUAUUUCAAAUCAUUUUAAGAAGUCCCUUUUUGUUUUUAUUAUUUUUAUCGAACUUUUUGCAACACGAAUUUAUCAGUGCCAGACAUUUUAAUUGUUGUUCUAACUGUGCUAAUUUUGAUUUAAAAAUUUUUUUUUUUUAAAUAUUUUAGUAUGGCUGAAAUUUUUAUAUGACGUUAUUUAAAUAUCUAAGAACCUAAAAUUAAUUUGCCAAACAAUAAUUCGAUUGUUAAACCCUCAGCCAGAUCGAAUAAUUGCACUAGAACUGCAUUUUUUUAGAUAUCAACUUCUGUAUGUGAAUUUUGAGACGUUUUAUCUGGCAGGGUUUUGCCAACAUCUACUGCACAGUAUUUUAUAUCAAAAUUGAACUAGAAUGUGCUGGGAAUAUCUACUGUUGACGAUAAAUUAAUUUCAAACAGAUUAGAUAUUUUUGUAAAACUGUUGUAACAGUUUUUGUGAUAUCCAUCAGUGUCAUAAACUUUUUUACACUUUUUCAAUUUAACUUUUACUACAAAAAACAUAUUUUAAUUUUUUACUAGCCGUUGUAACACAAUUUUUUCAAAAACAUUGACAAUAACAGCAACAAAUACACACCAAAGCCAUCUUGACUACAAACAGCUGUUGUCUGUAGUCUAUCUCGCUUACGCAACUAACACACGUACGAUUGUCUGUACUCUUCCAACAUACCCAAUCACUUUCCACUUUUAGAUUGGCGUUUAGCAAUCGUAUUAUUGUUCAGCAAACCAAUUUUGGGUUUUUAGAUACUCAAAUAAUAUCAUAUAAAAAUUGCAACCAUACUAAAACAUUAAAAAUAAAUAUAUGUUCAUAAAGUUCAUUAAAAAUAUCAAAAAAAAACGUCUUGAAAUGAUUUAGGAUGCGCACUGAUGAACGCAACCACUACCGCCAGGAAGAUAGCUUGUAUGACGCCCUUGAGAGUGAGGGAGAUCACAUAUCACAAACCUAGCCUACCUAAAAUUCUCUCUCAAAUACUUGGCUAGCUCUUGAACUAUAAUACUUGAAAAAUGGAGGAAUAUACGAUUUUACUUAUUCUAUUUUGUACUAGCUAUUUGUUUGGCACGAGCCGCGUAGUGGCGAGUGCUGAAACGUAACGAGUGCGAAAUGCACUUGUCAACGAGUUCCUACGACCACGUAAAAAAUUCUCCAAAAAACGUAUUUUUUUUAAAUAAGUCAAUUAAACAAUAUCACACAUGUGUUGAAAAGUAUAUAUAAAAACGUGUGCUGAAAAGUUGAAAAUCCUACAAAAUAUUUAUUUUGCAAUAGUAGAGAUGACAAAAACGAAAAGAA